AUGCACCCGGCUCAGGUGAGGGAAGAGGAGGCGGUGCGGGAGAUGCUACACAAGUCUGUCGUCAUUAUAAACGAAUUCAAGCGUAAGUCACCGUCUCUAUUCACUGUCUUGUGAAGAACAAGGUGGGCAUCGUCGGAAACCACGGUUGAACUCUCGAGGUCAAACAAAGUUUGUUUUAAUCUGCGAAGCCCGGCACUUGGUUUGCGGACACUGGCAAACAGCAAAUGGACAAAAUUACUACUAAAAAUUCGAGGCGCGUCUAACCUUUUCUCGAAAGGAGUUCAACCAAUUAUUUUAUUCUUGUGAAUUGUCCGCAUUAUUAAACCGCUGGUAAAAUGACACCAUGUCGCCUUAUUAAACUCUGCUAACGGGGGUGCGUACUUAAAUCAUGCACUAUUACUUGGCGUCUCGGAGCUAUGGUAACUUCUCCGACGUUGGGAAUCGAGGUCCACGGAGUGCCCUGGAAGGCAACAGUCGUCAUUUUGGGGCUUCUCUGGAGGCCUACGCCAGUUGUUCCCUCUUGAUCACACACACAAGAACAAUGCGGCUAAAAGAGGACUACUUAUCGAGCUGCGUACCAAAUCCAGGUCACACAGCCCGCAUAAUCUUAGUAAGAUCGGUGUGACUAGGGUGAUAACCUUCUUCGGUUGUUCAUUGGCUCAUGCCUAACCAACCUUUACGGUCAUACACCUAGGUAUACACCUGCUGUUCGCUGUUGUUCAUUGGCCGCCUAAUCAACUUUUUAGGACGACUUCGCCGUUAUUGCGUCCAUGCGCCCGCUGUUCGCGUAGAUGUCGACUUCGCGUGUGUCCUUCCAAUCGAGACGGAAAAUGAGACACGUAAGUUAGGCGGCUCGACUGUGCUGCCUGCAGCACGAGCAGAAAAGAGCAGAUAAAGUGGCUGCAGAAGCACAGUUUUAUGCAUUUGUGUAUACCUUUUCAUGUUUACAGAGACUGUGCUUCACUUUCAAGCUGUCAUUUUAGAACUUUAGAGGUGCCGUAAUUAAAUUUCCCCGCGCCCAUAUGGGUAACAGCAAGAAGAGCUGAUUUUUAAGUAAAACAUAUACUGCCAUCGACUGAUGACCAUUUACAGGACGAAAAUAGGCAUUGCAGUAUUCUCCAGAGUUCCGUGUCCAGGGGCUAAUAGGACUGUUGCACAUUGUCGGGAUCUCUUGCCAACAAAAAUUAGUUAUAUUGUAAUGCUCUUUCCUGGAUUAAUAACCCCAAUUGUUGGCGCUCCCAGGGUUAGAACCAGCGUCCAGUGAGUCAUAAGACAAUUUGGUUUGUCUAUCAAUCUCCCUGAGAGACCGGGUUCGUUCUCCACUGGCCUCGUGGCAUUCUCACCUAUCUGAGACUUGAGCCGUCCUUACUGUAGCCCCGUGCGUGCAGCGGGGGCCAUGUUGUGUGUGGCGCGGGCAGACGGACCGUGUGGCUUUCACGACCACUGCAUCGGCGCUCAGUUCAGGUCGUGUGUUACACUUCUCUUGACGUGCGGCAAGUGCCUCGUCGUAAAAUAAAUCCCGAGCAAGUCACCCCGUUGUGCGACGAAGUCUGUGAUUUGGUUUUAAACGGCCAUCCAGCGCCUCCCACAAAUAUGUGUGGGUGACUACUUUUAUUUGGAAUUGUGUAGAUACUAAGGCGGGGUGCCGACCGUGGAAGUUAGCUUUUGCACGCUAGAGCAGGAGACGUGUAGCUUGAACGAGGGUUCAUAGGACCGACUAAAAACUCCAACCGUAUCAAUAAACCAGUAAAAACGUCUUCCGUUAAUAUGACCUACCAUGUCGUCGUUUGGAGGCUUAAAUCAAAUUGAGAAAUUGGCCGAACAAGAAUUAGGCUAUUUGACUUGCCUUAGACUUAGCUGUAUAAAUUACUAUCCUGUUCGCACUCUCAAACCAUAAACAUAAACCAGGAUCUAGUACACCCACCCCGGGUAAUUGCUAAAACACUGCUACCUCUCGCGCGUGUGAGCGCGCGGCUUGCCCGCCCAUACCAGGGGCAGUCUGAUUUUUUGGCCAAUCACAGCUAUCCAAACUGGCCAAUCAACUUCCAGCCGGACUCAGACAUACCUUUUUACAAGGCGCUCCGACGCCUGUUGCUCGGUUGUUAGAGACGUUGGACUUCUAGCCAGCAGGUCGCGGGAUAGAGCCCCAGGAGUUGGGUAGGGCUGGCUGACGAUAGCUUAUAAACCAGAAAUGGCCAUUCCAGUCUCCUUUGUCUUUCUUGGUAAUGCCACUCUGCCAGUAAAAAGAGAAUGCUGAGUAGUCUCUCGCGUCGAAGACGUGCCUGCAAUAUUUCAGAGGAAGAGUUGCGGACGCAGUUCUACCAAUCGGUCACAUCUAAUAACAGGCUUCUUUGCUCUGCGUAUUCCCUGUUGCCUAUAUGUCAUUUGAAAAAUGCCUGAUUUUUGCACAUACGCUUUGUGUCAUGUGCCUGCCGCACUGUCUUUGGUCGUUUGUUCAUUGUGAUGUCGACGUUGUGCCGCAAACGCUUUUUUUUACCAAGGACAACUCAAACCUUCGAAUUACAUACACAAGCCUACAACUGCAUGCAAUUGACAUGUGAUCGACUUGGACUUCAAAUGCACACGGGCAUUUGUUCCGACUAAAACAAGCACGUGCCCUGCAACCGAAUUUCGCCAGCACUACCACACAACUGUGGACAACUCGAUGUUAGAUCAGCUGUGGUCGUAGAAAAAGGUAGACUCGUGUGAUCCAAGAGAUUUCCGGAUUUAGGAGAAAAACAAUCUCACUGGCUGCAAAUAAAUGACUGCCACGGCAUGGAUGGGAGUGGGACUAUAUGCCGACUAAUCAGUCUAACAACUGGGGAAGUAUGAGUCUUAUCUAAGCUCGGUUACACUGACCGACAAAUAUGCGAGCGCACCUACGUGGUUUUGGGUUUGUGGGGACCAAUAUCUGGCUAAGUAGUCACCGCCGAUGCAUAUUGGCGAUGAGAAAUCAAUGAGAUACAGUUACGUGGCGAGUGCUUAAAAGGUGAAAAAUCUUCGUACGUGAUUCCAACCUCUUAUUGAGUGAUAGCAACCUCCGCGUUCUUUCAGAGUAGCCGAUCAAGUACGGGUGAGAAUUUACGCGUAAGAAGAUUCAGGUACCAGACAAAAUGCCCUGCGACUUGUUGCCUAAACCUCUGACUUUUGGAAAUGCCAGAAGUUCCUGAGGAACACAUGACCGGCAUAAAUGGCUCAGUCAGUCAGUUUUUACGCAAAUUUUGCUGAGAGGGAAACAGCCUGCUGAACCAGUUUGAUGGAAAUUGAAUUGCUGCGUCUCCCAAGAUAAGUUGCCAAACAUUAUCCCACGUGAUCGCAGUUGGAGGCCAAUCUUCUUGCAAUUAUUUGUGGUGCAAUGCCUUGAAAUCUUUAUGUUCAGCCGGUAUUUGAGAGCUGCAGCCGAAAUGAAAUCUGACUUCCUGAUCACUUCAGGCUGAAUGCGAAUAAAGACAGCAAAUACAUUUCAUGCGCAAAGGGCCUGCCCGGACAUGAGAGUUCUUUAAAGCACACUUUUCUGACGACUGCAGAGGCCGGCCUUGAUUUUCACUUGGUUUAGGUCCCAGCGAAAAAUUAAGAACUCCCGGCGACAGAGGAGCCUGCGUCUUAGAAAAGGGGUGCACCUGGUGUUGGUCAUGCGGUACUGCACUUUCAUGAAACCGUCCAUAUUUUGGCUCAGACCCAUCUGCGCUUCUCAUGUGUACGCACCUCAGCGGCUGCGCGGUUCUGUGGCCUUUCCUGUCGUCACCAUGAUGUCCCACCUGGUUCAGGCUCUAGAUCAAUUAGUUGAUUGGUAGAACAGUGGGGUUGGCUAAGCAGUGGCCAUUACCACCUCCAUGCACCCAGGUACCCAAUGAAGUUACCCUUUCGGUUCCUUCUGAACUACUAAUUUCGUCGGUGGGUGCUACUAUACUCUAAGCACAUACAAGGACAGCUCUUCUUUUGAUGGAACAGCGAGCUCGUCCAGUAUGAUGCAUUGACGCCGUCUAUAACGCAACAGUUCGACCGCCGUUGCCGACGAUGUCCACCGUGCGCUCCACAACAAGGUGCAGCAGACACGAUUACUUGCGCGUGAAUUAGUUUAUAGUGAUUGUAGACUUGCUUACUAUCUGCCGCAGUCUGUCCUCCCUUCCUGGACCCGGUGUCAAGACAGAGUUAAGAAUACCGGAAGCGGGGGGAGCGCAGGUGAAUAGCACGUCUGAGCCCGCACCUUAGCGUUCCACUCCACAUCCCUUGGCCUACACAGCAAAUGACCAGUUUUUUUGGCCAUCAACAACAACAACACACCAACAGGAGUCAGAAGAACGAGGAUGAUGACUGGACAGCAACGCCCGCCACCUGUAUAUCCAACGGGGGCGUACGCGCAUCUACUGGCAGGGAACCAACUGUCAGCGCAUUCCAGGUCGCGAGGGCUAUGGUUUGCUGAUACUGACAUAUCACACGCUUUCAGACCUUUUGCGCAAGCAAUAAAACUACAAUUACAAAGAGGUAAAGAGAUGGUCUAUAAUCUUUUCAGAGAGACGCAGGUGGCCUUCAGGGAGUGUGCAAAUAGAAAUCAGCAAAACGUAUCAAAUAAUAGCAGGUAGAUAGGUAAAUGGACUUUCCGUUUUCACGAUCGGCCAACGAGCGUUCAUGGCCGAUCCUAAGCGACCCUCGACAAAUCAGCGGAGGGUAUUUAUUAAAUAUAAGAUUUAAACCAUCCAGGGGAGGCAUUCAACGCCCUUAAGAAAGUCGAAUUAACACGAUUGGAACAAACUGCUGAGACUACUCACCAUUCCACAGCGCUGAUCGGAAGUCAGAGAGAGAAAGUUGGUUGAACAACAUUUGCUGAUUUGGAGUGCUCAAGCGGUCGGGAGUGAACAUUGUCAGGGUAUGCUGCUUGCGUCGGCCAAGGGCACGCUGACGUCAGAAUACUGAUUUCACAAUCAGGGAGUAGUCUGGAAAAUGGCUGCACACGAACGCAUCUACUGCUUUUUAUCAUCCCCACUACCCACCUGGACCCGGUGUCAAGACAGAGUCAAGAAGACAGGAGGCGGGAAGCGCAGGUGGAUAGCACGGUCGAGCCGCACCUUGGCGUCCCACUCCACACCCCAUACAGCAAAUGACCAGGUUAUUGACCAACAACGAAAAAAGCAGCAACAACAACUACAACACCCAAAAGGAGUCAGAAGAACCAGGACAAUGGCUGAACAGCUUUGCCCACCACCUGUGUACCCAGCGGGAACGCACGCGCAUAUACCAACAGGGAACUAGGUCUCAGGGAACUGUCAGCGCAUUCCAGGCUGCGAGAGCCAUGGUUUGCUUAUACUGGCAUAGCACACGCUUUCAGGCACUUUCGGUUGCUUCUGAACUACUGAUUUCAUGGGUGGGCACUGUUAUACUCUAAUCGCAUAGAGGGACAGCCCUUCUUUUGACUGGACAGCGAUCUAGUCCAGUAUGGUGCGUUGACGUCGUCAAUAAAACUACAAUUACAAAGACUUAAACCAGUGGUCUGUAAGCUUUUGGAAGGGACGCAAGUGAACCCCAGGGAUUGUGUCAAUGAAACCAUCAAAAUGUAUGAAAGAAUUGCAGGUAAAUAAAUAGAUGGACUUUCCAUUUACGCGAUCGACCAGCGAGAGUUCAUGGCCGACUCCAAGCGACUCUCGACCAUUCAGUGGGGGUAUGUGUUAAAUAUCACGUGUAAACCAUCCAGAGGAGGCAUUCAACGCCCUGACAAAAGGCGAAUUAACACGACUUGGAACAGGCUGUUGAGAUUGAGAUCGACGGCUACUCGCCAUUGCUCUGCGUUACUUGGCCGGAAGUCAGAGGGACAAAGUUGGUUGAACAACUUUGUUGAUUCGGAGUGCUCAAGCGACCGAUAGUUAGCGUUAUCAGGGUAUGCUGCUUGCGUCGGCCAGGAGCGCGCUUACGUCAGAAUACUGGUCUCUCAAUCAGGGAGUAGCCUCAAGAAUGGCUGCGCAUGGAUGCAAUACUCAAUGCGUUCGACCGGGGAGUCAGGUAUGGUCAGGCAGUGACUGGAUUUCCCAUCAAAUGCGCAGACAACUCCAUCGUUGAAACAGAGUAAGUGGGGCAAGUGUCCUGCUGGCGAGUUCUCAGCCAAGAUGCCUGUUUGCAUUUCACCCGCCCUGAAUUCCAUGCUGUGGAACUGUUUUUUCGGGUUCGGGGUUAGCAUGGGUUUGCGUUUCCAUAGUGUUUUGUAUAAAUGAAGAAGAAGAGGGGUCGAGCACCGGAACACUAUUAUUCUGAGCUUUCGAAGUCGUGCAGGAGUCCAACGUCAGAGAUAGUAGGAGCAACAGAACAAACGACAUUUUAUAGGACGUGUAAGUCAAUUAUCAGCCGGCGACGCAAAACUCGAGGUGACUGCGUAGGACUCUGUAAGCCGACGCAAGAUGGAUAAAUCGAUGGACUGAGUUCUCAUCUGGGGUCCAGGCUUGAAUCAAUUCUCGGCCUGUUUUGUGGACGACUAUUUCGGUGGCUGCGAAGUUAGACUCGUGACCCGUUUCGUAGGUGUGGGAGGCCACUUGUGAUGAUGUGCCGUCUCGUCGCACAGCCAGCUUAUGUUCAUGUAUGCGCGAUCCGAGCAUGCGUCCGGUCUGGCUUGUGUGGUUAGAAGGACAGUUUUGGCUCAGGAUGCGAUACACUACUCCAGAUUACUCCUCAGGUUUUACCCGGUUUUUAUUUUUCAUGACCCUUCUGCGCAUGGUGCCUUUGGGGCGGUGCGCAAUUCCAACACCUUACUCAGCAGCAAUGCGCUCGGUUGCUUCGGAAACGUCCUUGAUGCAUGGCAGGGAGUGCCAUAUCGUUGGUAGUAUUCGUGUUUGAGUCCUCUGGGGGGCGGCCGCGUAGGCAGCGACUUAUGCAUGCCUUGCGCCGUCUGUCGAUGAUUGGCUUACACGCCCUAUAAAUGUCGCUCGUUCUGUUGCUGCAACAAUCUCUGAAGAUGGACUCCUGCACGAGCUCGAAAGCUCAGAGCAACAAACAAAGUGCUCCUGUGCUCGACCCCUCUUCCUCUUCAUUUAUGCCCGCACGUGGAACUCGAAUUUUCGCCUCAUAGUGUUUUGCUUCAGUGUGCUAAAAAGGUUGCAAUGGCGGAUGUCACACUUUCGGAAUAAUGACUCUCCUGACACGCUACCGUUUCAUUUUUUUAUCUUUAGCCUGGCUCUGUCAAAACAGUUUCACAUUUACCAACGAAGUUCUCCACGGCUGCUCAUCGGCUCUGUUUCUGUUGACGAUCUGGUGGUUGUCAGCUCCAAAUACUCCCUGAUACCUUCGUAUAUGCCUGUUUGGUUAAACAAACUUGACGUUCUGAUUAAUGCGCCUAAGUGCAUUUUGUGGCGUUACCUCACACCCCCUCGGACAGAGUGUAGACUCUCCCGGCUGUCACUGCGUGGACGCCAUGGCUCACCCCAACUCGCGAGUUCACCACUUCCACGUCCUCCCCACAACUGUGUCGUUUUACUAACUGUCAGUUUUUAUCGCCUUUUACUUCUCCACGGCAUUAAGUCGAUGCUAUCUCUCGCUAACCUUUUCUGUGCGGACGUAAGUGUCCUUCCUCAGCACCUAACUAAAGCGCCACUCACCCCUGCUGCUGCUGCUGCUGCUGCUGCUGCUGCUGCUGCUGCUGUUGCUGCUGCUGCUGGCUAG